AGUCUUCCCUCCCCGUUCAUCCAGUCACUAUAUAAUCAGAACUGAGAGGGGCCUCUAGGUUCACACAGCUGGAACCCAUCUCCAGGAACAAACAGCUGGAACCCAUCUUCAGUUGGAGGGAAACUUGCAGACUUUUGUAAGACUCUUCCACCUGGGAGUCUUUGCUGGAAGAGAUGGUGAUGGGCCUGGGUCCCCUGUUGUUGGUCUUCAUGCUGGGUCUGGGUCUGACCCCACCAGCCCUGACUCAGGAUGACUCCAGGUACAAACACUUCCUGACCCAGCACUAUGAUGCCAAACCAAGGGGCCGGAAUGACAGAUACUGUGAAAGCAUGAUGGAGAGACGAGGCCUGACCGCACCCUGCAAAGACACCAACACCUUUAUUCAUGGCAACAAGGGCAGCAUCAAGGCUAUCUGUGGAAAUGAAAAUGGAAACCCUUACGGAGAAGAUUUAAGACUAAGCAAGUCUCCUUUCCAGAUCACCACCUGCAGGCAUGUAGGAGGGUCCCCUCGGCCUCCAUGCCGGUACAGAGCUACCUCAGGGUUCAGACACAUUGUUGUUGCCUGUGAACACGGCUUGCCUGUCCAUUUUGAUGAGUCCUUUUUCCGUCCAUAAUCGGAAGCCACAGCUGGCUUUUCUCUCCUUUUCUUGCAUUUCCCUCCACAUCCCAGAAUGGCAACAUUUAUGGCCAGGGGCCCAGAGAAUGAGCUGCCUGGAUCUCUUGUUUUCCAUUUUACAACAUGUCUAAUAAAUAAAAGUGUCUCUGAAAUCAGUAA